CCAUCGUCGUCUUGUCUCGCGGCCCUUCGAAUUAUAUUGGUCCGAGUCUUGUCAAUGGGUUUUUUGCACUCAAUUUCCAAACCGCAAUAGCACUGCUCGCGAGCGACGAGUCACACACUUUAUAAGUACGUAAGGCAAGCAAGUUUCAAACCGAGCUAUAUAGGCUGGUCUUCAGCGUUUUCUGUCUUGUUUGUAUGUGUAUAUAUCUGCGCCAGUCUCGCGCAGUGUAUAAUGAUAUAUAUGUUUAUAGCGAUGAAAAAGGAAACGGAGGGGAUGGGGAGACCGACGGACGGACGGACGGCGGCGGCGACGACGGCGAGCGAUUAGCGACGAGCGCCGGGCUGCGGCUGCUAGCGCAAGGCCUUAUAGCCUGCCUGUAGUAUAUCGCAAAUAUGGGUAUAUACUGGACAGAAUUUUACAGCUGCAUUCACUGCACCGUUAUGAUAUUAUUCUAUUGGGUUAAUUUGGAUCGGCGGCUUUUCUACAAUGCUACGCGCUAGGCUGCACAAAAAAUCCACCUCAGAAAGCCCUAGCUUCGAUUUAGCUUUUAUUUCGAUUUCAAGAUAGAUCUAUCGAUGCAAUCAACAUUUUUUUUUCGAAAUAUUUGAUUUUCACUUUUUGAAAAACGAGCGAGCACAAUGUAAGGGUGUCCCGUGAAGAGUGAUUUAUGCAAUUAAAAUAUCGGCGCGCACGUCAAUCAUUACCAGCAGCUGAGCGCGACAAUUUGGCGGGCGACUGAAAGUCACUCUCGCGGGUUCUCUCAUGACGUCUAUUCAGAAUCCUUUGUUUACACGUGCUGCGCCUUUAACCAUAAUAGCUCUUCAGCGAGCCGAAGUUCAAUCACUUGAUCAUUUUUUUAGCAUUCUUCGUGUCAAUGGCAUGAAUCGGUUCUGACAGUUGGUUCAAAUUGAACUUUUGAAUUCAUUUAUCUGCAUUUUGAUGGGACGUUCGAUUACGCUUCAACUUGAAAAAAAAAAUUCAAGAUGAAUAAUGUAAUCGAAAUAAGUGAUGAUUCAAUCGAUGGUGACGACCUUUCUAAUAAAUGUUUUACUCAAAAAUCAGUAACUAAUGCGCUGGAUGCGAUUUGCAUUGACAGUAACUCUGAUGAUAACGAAACUAGUUUAGUGAGAGGUGAGUUGAGCCGUAGAUUCAGUUUAUCAGAUUUUCCUGAAGUCGAUUUUGGACAUGAAGUUGAAAGAAGUGAAGAUGCUCGAGGCGGCGUUGAUGUAUAUAGAGGGACCCAAAAUACUGAAUCAUAUUCAAAUUCUCCAUUCAAAAAUGAUAUAAAAAGUAAUGAUAAAAAUAGUAUUGAAUUAUCUUCAGAGGAUGAUUAUGAAUCAGAAGUAGUCAAAGCUCCAGUUACCUAUCCAAAAAUUACUUCUAAUCUUUCAUCUGAUGAAUCUGAUGAUUCAGAGCCAAAGUACGAGAAAGAAAGAGGAAAGAAAAAACAACCAAAGUCCAAGAAAGUCAAUCAGGAAAAAAAAAGAAAACAAGAGGAAAAGCAGCAAGAGAGACAACGUAAACAAGAAGAAGCUGCAAGGCAAAAGGCAUUGAAACAAUUAAACAGCAAAAAUAAGCUCAGUGCUGAUCCUGAACAUUGUCUAAAAUUAAUGGAAAUUAACUAUGAUCAUGAAAUAAUGUCAUCUGAUUUUUUUAUUGAUUUUUUGCAAACUAUUGCUGAAUCUAAAAUCAAACAUUCUGUUCAAUCACAAAUUAUACCUAACAGUAUCACAUGGAAAAGAACAGAAGAACAGAAUUAUUUAAACGAUUCAAACGAAAUUUGUACAAAAUCUAUUACUAUUGAUGAAUGUCAAACAAUAAUAGUUUGGAAUUGUAAAGAAGCUGUCAAACAAGUAUACGAAAAUAAUUUUUUGAAUACAAUUAAAAAGAUUAAAUGUCUUUUACCAAAAAAAAAGAUUACAUUAGUUAUUUAUAAAAUAGAAGAUUAUUUCAAAUAUUCAAAAAAUUUGAAAGAUGCAGCUAUGCAUGAGCAAAUACUGGGUACAGAUAAACAGAAAAAAAGAAAAGUAGAUAAAAAUAAUUACUCAGACUAUCCAAAAAUAUCUAGAAAAAAGUUUGAAGAAAUUCUAGUAGAAGUACAAGUAAUUUAUGGUGUAAAUACAAGAAUCAUUGAGAGUCAGUCAGAUAUAGCUUUGCUUAUUUAUCAAUAUACCAAAUCAAUAGCAUUACUACCUUCAAAAAAGGAGAAAAGACAAGAAUCUUCAUCUGUUGAUUGGUAUGUUAACAGUGACAACAGAGAUACCGUCAAAGUUGAUAAAGAUGGUAAUGGCUUAAAAAGGCUUUGGCAGCAACAACUGGGUCAAUUUUCCCUUGUCAGUUUAGAAACUUCAGAAUCUAUAGCAUCCAUUUAUAAGAGUCCAUGUCAACUUAUGGAGGCUUACAACAACUGUACUCCAGCUGAAGGAGAAGGAUUACUAAAAGAUAUUCCGAUAAGAAGAGCUGCGGGACCUCUUACAAGUAUUAGAAAAGUAGGUCCAGAAUUGAGUCGUAAAGUUUAUGCUAUGUUCACUUCAAAAGAUGGGGAAGCAUUUUUACAUGAGUAGAUAAAUUUUUAAUAUAGUUUUGGAGAAAAUAUUUAUCUAUAAUUAA